GAACCUCUUGAAGACCACUCCAAAGCCCCUCUGUCCGCCAGUUGUGCGGCGCCCAUGUCGUUGGCCUGGCCCGGUCCGUGCCUUCCGGCCGCGCUGGGCCUCCCGCGCCCGGUCCGUGCCUUCCGGCGGUCGCGAUCUCGAGCGGCGACGGCCCUGCGAGCAGCACAGGAUGCCUUGCCUCUGGGUAUGGCGUUGGCAGCCUAUGCGAGGAAAGUUCGCAGGAGACAGGUGCUCACAGGUCUUGGACAGAUCUGUUCGGUGGCCAGCUGGCCCGUGGAAGCUGAGAACCUCAGGAGUGAGGUAUUCGCUGGCGAAGUGAUGAAGAGUCCAUUGGACUCUCGGAAUUACAGGGCCUUGACCCUGCAGAAUGGCAUGAAGGUCUUGCUGGCUUCCGACCCGGAGGCCAUCAGUGCCGCUUGCGCCCUCUCGGUGCAUCUGGGAUUCUACUCAGAUCCCGAAGACCUGCCAGGCUUGGCGCAUUUCUGCGAGCACAUGCUUUUUCUGGGCACCAAAGAGUACCCAGAGGAGAACUCCUUCGAGAAGUUUCUCACUGCCAAUUCUGGCAGCCAAAACGCCUUUACAACGGAAUCCGCGACCACCUACUUCUUUGAUGUGUCACCAGGCGCCCUGCAGGAGUCUCUGAAGCGUUUCAGCAGCUUCUUCCGGGAGCCGCUCUUCACAGCCUCGGGAAUCGAACGAGAGGUGAGUGCGAUCGACUCGGAAUUUGCCAAGAACCGUGAGAACGACGGCUUCCGCUUGGCGCAGCUGCUGAAGAGCACGGCGGCUGAAGGGCACCCAGAGAGACAUUUCGGCUGUGGCAAUCGAGAGACGCUGCUGUCGAAAGGCCAAGAGGAGUUGAGGAAUCAGUUGCUGAGAUACUUUCAGGGCUAUGACCCGAGCCUCAUGGCGCUUUGUGUGGUGGGCAAGGAACCUUUGAACGUCCUCCAAUCCACGGUGGAACAAUACCUGGGUGCUGUGCCCCGGCGGAGUGACGCGCCACGGCCGCGCUGGGCGGUGGCGCCUUACCCGCCCGAAAACCCGGCCAAGAUCUUGGAGGCGGUGCCGGUGAACGAGCUACGCUCAGUUCUCUUGGAAUGGACCUUUGACUUUGAGAACUUCGCUGCACGGAAAGAGUUCCUCUUAGCGAAGGCGCAGGACUACUUGGCACAGAUCUUGGGACAUGAGGGUCCUGGAUCCAUGCACAGCAUCCUGAAAGGCAAAGGUUGGGUGAAUCGUACCACGGCGGGGGUGAGCUUCGACCAAGACGACUUUGCCAUUUUCCGUCUCUCCUUCGAUGUCUCUGAGGAGGGCCUGCGCCAGAAGAACGCCAUCUUCGGCGCCGUCUUCAGCGUCCUCAAUGCACUACGGCAGGGCAGCCCUCUUCAGGCAGUGCCGGACUACACCAUCCAGGAGUGCCGCAGCCUGGCGGAGCUCCGGUGGCGCUUCGCGGAGAAGCUGAACUCGCAACCGCUUUGCCUCGAUGCGGUGGAUCUGAUGCAGGAUGGCCUUUCGCCCGCCUUCUACCUGAGCAAUCGUUUUCUGCUGUUGGAUCCUCCGGGCGACGGCCCCAGCGGGGGCAGCUUGCUGAAAGCCAUCGACCACAUCUUGGAGCAGCUGACGCCCGAGCGCGCACGCUAUCGGGUCUUCGCCAAGGACGUGGCCCCCAAGCAAAGCGAGAAAUGGUAUGGAGUGCCGUAUCGACAGACCGAGAUUCCGAAAAGUGUUCUGCAAGGGUGGAGCAAAGCACCAAUACUUCCGGGCUGGCAUGUGCCAGACCCCAACAAGUUCAUCCCUCAGAACUUCGCACUGGCCUGGCCACAGCAGGACCGCAUCAAAGCUGCUGCGUUGCCACCAGAGCUGAUCCGGAACGAUGAGCGAUGGCGGGUGUUCUUCAAGGCAGACAGGGCUUUUGGCAUUCCAAAGGCCACUUGCAUCUUGCAGUGUUGGUUUCCCGACCCUUCGGAAGUGAAGAGCAACACGCCGGCCUCCAGCAUCAGCACGGCCGAGGGCCGAGUGCUUGCUCGCUUGUGGCAAGCCUCCCUGGCGGAUCGAUUGACCGAAGAGUACUACGCCGCGCGUCUGGCUGGGCUGGCCGCCAACUGUGCCAGCACGGUCGCGGGCAUCUCGUUGUCCUUCAGCGGAUAUAGCGAUAAGCUUUUGCUCUUCGUCCAAGAGGUCCUGCAGAAAAUCCGCGACUUCGAUGGGCCGACCCCAAGUGAGUUUGCGCGAGCACUGGAUGCGCUCAAGCGGGAGCAGGCCUCGUUUGACUUCCAACAACCCUACGCUCAUGCGGCCUACUUCUCCCGCUUGGCCACCUACAUCCCGGAGUACCCUGUGGAGGAGCUGCGUGCAGCCACAAAGCGCGUGACCCUGGAGCAGGUGCGGAACUUCUCGGCCUUGCUACGCGCAAAGGAGCAGAGCUUCUUCGGACAGGCAUUGAUCAUUGGGAAUCUGAGCGUGGAAGCUGCUAAGGGCAUUUUGGAGACCUUCGAUGUGUUGCCCUUUAAAGGUGCGCUGAAGGGCGGCACUGCUGAAGGCCUUUUGCGCUCGCGCUUUGCGAAGCUGCAGCCGGGCCAGGAGAUACUUCAGGUUCAGCCAGAGCCAAAUCCAGAGGAAACGAACCAUGCGCUGGUGUCCCUCUUCUGGACCGGCGAUGAACUCCUCGACGGCUUGCAUAGUAACCUCCUAGACCGAGUGAUGAAGGCUCCCUUCUACGACAGCAUAAGGACGCAGCAACAAUUGGGCUACAUUGUCCAGUCUCAAUCCGACCGCAUUGGCAAUCUUGCUCGCGUUCUACUUAUUGUGCAGAGCAGCGUUCGUGAUCCAAGAGGACUUCUGCAAGCCGUGGAUGAAUUCCUGGUGUCAUUCCGGGCCAAGUUGGCCUCGCUUACAGAUGGUCUCCGAGCUGCGUUGGAGAAAAGAACAGGUAUUUCUUCUAUACUUACUUUUCUUUAAACAAAUUAUAUUGGGUGUGUCGCUCAAAUA